ACUACCUCGACUUGACACUGCGAAGGAAGGCAAUACUUUUCUGCCUCCUCCGACGCCCCCAACUCUCACUCCCACCCUCCAGUCCUCUGCUCUGAGCUGAGACCACAAGCGCGGUUGUAUCGAGCAAGCUGCGUCGGGAGAGAUCGACCAGGUUCUUGGGCAUGUCGUCCAGCUCAUCCGCCUCCGCCAUCGUCGCCGACAAGGUAAGCGGGCACCACCUACUCAAGAUCGAUGGCUAUUUAGGCAUGAUGGGCCCGCCCAGCGGAGAGAGCGUGACGUCUUGCCCCUUCGCCGUCGGAGGCCAUCUCUGGCGAAUCAGUUGCUAUCCCAGCGGCUCUCACGAGUGGUACCGUAGCUACAUAUCCCUAGAGCUCGUCCUCGCCGAGGAAGUAGAGACUGGAGUGAGGGCAGUCGUCCAGUUUGCUCUCAUGCCGCAAGAGCAGGCGACCUUCUUCCGCAAGAACAAGCCAAGAAUUGUCAGAUCAGGUGAACACAAGUUCGCCAGCCAUGGUUCUUGGCGAUGUCCAAUGUUCGUCGAUAAGACGACAUUGACGAAAUCCAAGUACCUCAAGGACGAGUCCUUCACAAUCAGGUGCGACAUCCUCGUCUUCAAGAAGUCCCGCGCCCAAGAGGGGGCGGCCGAGCCCGAGACCGCCGCCCCGAGGUCCGUCUCCGUGCUGCCGUCCGACCUCAACCGCCACCUCGGCGGCCUCCUCGAGACCGGGAAGGGCGCCGACGUGGUGUUCGAGGUCGCAGGCCACAACUUCGCCGCGCACCGCUGGCUGCUCGCCGCCCGGUCGCCGGUCUUCAAUGCGGAGUUCUUUGGGGCAAUGAAGGGGAGCGACGUCGCCCCCGGAGCGGUCCGCAUCGGCGACAUGGAGGCGCCGGUGUUCAAGGCCUUCCUCAGCUUCAUGUACACCGAUUCGAUGCCGGAGAUGGCGAAGAAGGAGGAAGACGCCAUGUACCAGCAUCUCCUGGUGGCCGCGGACAGGUAUAACAUGGAGAGGCUCAAGUUGAUUUGCCAAGACAAGCUGUGCAGGUGCAGGAGAAUCGAUGGGAGCAGCGUGGCCAACGUGCUGGCAUUGGCCGAGCUUCACCACUGCAGCGAUCUCAAGGACGCGUGCUUGGAAUUUCUCAGCAUUCCUGCAAAUCUGAGGGAGGCCAUGGCCAAUGACGGCUUCGAGCAUCUUAGCGCAAGCUGCCCGUCUGUUGUCAAGGAGUUGAUUGCCAUGUGCAGCUCCGCACCUUAGCUUAGUAUCCAGUGAGACUGGAGGGGGUGCCUCAAGUCACUUCUUAGUUGCGCUAGUGAGUGUUGGAUGCUGGUUGCUGUUGUUCGAUCCUUUAAUUUGCUGCUCAUAUGGGAAUUUUUGUUUAAAAA